AUGUCACACUCCUUAUCUGGUUGGGAUAUAUAUCCUAAUUCGUCAAAUAACCUGAUCAAUGAUCAAGGAUACUUCACUAUAAUAAAACCAUUGAGUGAAGUGAUGGGUUUCUUUGAAGAUUUUCGUCAAUGUAUGGUAUGUGUACCACAAUCCUUGAUAUUUCAUAAUACUACUGCAUCUGAUAAUAUAAUGAUGUAUUCAGAUAAUACAGGGUAUAAUGUCACUGUGAUAUUUAAAGAAAUUAUUUGGCGAAUGAGACAUGUAAAACUUCGAAUAGAUAAAGAAAUUAAGUUAAGAAAAGAAGUAUUGGGUAAUACUAAUUUUACCAUGUUUUACCGCCAUUGGUUAUAUCAAUGCACAGCCAUCCCCGCUCAAUCUACAGAGUACACCUGGGAAAUACCUGUUGCCUAUUCCCGUGUAAAGUGGGUUAUUGUAGCAUUUCAAAAAGACUCUAGCUACAGUAUUAAUAAAAGAAUGAGUCAAUUUGAAUUAUUCAAUGUUGAAAAUGUACAACUGUCCAUUAACAACUACUGGCUAUACCCUAAAGAUCGCCUCAAUGUUAAAGUUGGCGAAAGAAAAGCUGGAAAUUUGUAUGAUAUGUUUCUAUCAUUCCCAAAAUCAUAUUAUAAUAGACAAGAGUGUGAUCCUAUUUGUGAUUAUGGUACUUUUUUGUCCAAGUACCCUAUGAUUGCAAUUGAUUGUUCACAUCAGCCUGAAACAGUUAAAGAUUCACUGAUCAAUGCAAAAUUGCUCAUCAAUCUUCGUGAAGGCUUUCCAAUCAAUGCCAAAUUACACUUGGUUAUGAUUAUGGAUCGUAAAGUCAUUUACAAUCCUUUGACCAAUCAAGUAAUCACUUAA